UCUUUCACUCCACGAUGGCCCCCUCCCUUUCAAAACAAAAACGUCUCGCAGAAAAGGCCGCAAAGCAGGCCGCAAAGGCUAACGGCGCCGACGCAUCCACGUCGACGUCUACACCGGCGGGAUCUACCAAUGGCAGCACCUUCAAUACCCCGCUGACCAGCAUGUCGGCUGCAACCAGCCAGGACGACCUGACAUCGAUGGCGAAGCUCCAGAUCGCUACUGAGAGGAGCGCGGCCGGUGUUCUCGUAUCUGAUCCCAAAGGCCGCGACAUCAAAAUUGAUUCGUACACAUUGUCUUUCCAUGGUCGCCUGCUCAUCGAGGGUGCUGAGAUUGCCCUCAACUACGGGCAGCGCUACGGUCUGCUGGGGGAAAACGGCUCUGGCAAGUCUACGUUCCUGCAAUCCAUCGCCGAACAAGAUAUCGCGCUCCCCCCGAACAUCGAUAUCUACCUCGUUCGUGGCGAGGCCGAACCCGCUGAGGUCAAUGCGCUCGACUUCAUCGUUGCUUCUGCAAAGGAGAAAGUUGCGAAGCUUGAGGCGCGCAUUGAGGAGCUCUCCAUCGCUGAUAGCGUCGACGAGCUUGCGCUCGACGCCGCAUACGAGGAGCUCGAUGAGAUGGACCCGAACACGUUCGAGGCAAAGGCCGGCAGCAUUCUCCAUGGUCUCGGAUUUUCGCAGGCGAUGAUGAAGAAGCCUACCAAGGAUAUGUCUGGUGGUUGGCGUAUGCGUGUCUCCCUUGCCCGCGCCCUCUUCAUUAAGCCCCAUCUCCUCCUCAUGGACGAGCCGACGAAUCAUUUGGAUCUUGGCGCCGUCGUCUGGUUGGAAGCGUACCUCUCGACGUACAACCACAUCCUCGUCAUCACCUCUCAUUCGCAGGAUUUCAUGGAUAGCGUCUGCACGAACAUCAUGGAUCUCACGCCCAAGAAAAAGAUGGUGUACUACACUGGUAACUAUACCACCUAUGUCAGGACCAAGGGUGAGAACGAGGUCAAUCAGAUGAAGGCGUACCACAAGCAACAGGAGGAAAUCGCGCACAUUAAGAAAUUUAUCGCUUCCGCUGGUACCUACGCCAACCUCGUCAAGCAAGCCAAGUCGAAGCAGAAAAUUAUCGACAAGAUGGAGGCUGCGGGAUUGAUCGAAAAGCUCGAGAUCCCCAAGCCUCUUCAUUUCAAUUUCGAGGACAUCCGUAAGCUCCCGCCGCCUAUCAUCGCCUUCGACGAAGUUGCGUUCUCCUACUCCGGCAAGAAGGAGGACUACCUGUACAAGAACUUGUCUUUUGGUAUCGACAUGGACUCGCGAGUGGCGAUCCUCGGCGCCAACGGUGCUGGCAAGUCAACGCUGCUCAACCUCAUCACCGGCCAUCUGCAGCCAGUCGAGGGGACCAUAUCGAAGCACGCCAGUUUGAAAUUGGCCAAGUACUCUCAACACUCUGCCGAUCAGCUUCCGUAUGACAAGCCCCCGCUCGAGUACUUCCAGGCGAUAUUUGCUGAGAAAUAUCCAGAAAAGGAUCUACAGGCAUGGCGCGCACAGCUGGGUCGCUUUGGUCUUUCGGGAGCCCACCAGACGGCACCCAUUAGGCAGCUCUCUGACGGCCUUCGUAACCGUGUCGUCUUCUCCCAACUUGCCAUGGAACACCCUCAUAUCCUCUUGCUUGAUGAGCCGACGAACCAUUUGGAUAUGACCUCGAUCGAUGCACUUGCCCGUGCCAUCAAGGAGUUCGAGGGCGGUGUCGUCAUCGUCUCUCACGACUUCCGUUUAAUUUCUCAAGUCGCCGAAGAGCUUUGGGAAGUCAAGGACCACACGAUUCGCAACCUCACGAAGGAAGAUAUCUCCAUCGUCGACUACAAGCGCAACCUCGCACGCGCCAGUAUGGCCGCCAUCGAAAAGGCCAAGCUGUUCAGCAAGUCCGCGUCGAGGACAAAGACCUAGACGCGCGCAUGCGCUCAUGCACACUGCAGUGCGGUAUAUACCUGUACAUUCGUGUCACCCUCCAUAUGCUGUAGUGCUGUAGCUCUGGCCGCCCAUCCGUCUCCACCUGAAUUCUGCUCACGAUGAUGUCUCCAAUGAAUAACUUAGCCUUGAUUCCUCUCUUGUCUUUCAUUGCCUCUCUCCAUAUCAAUACACUGAUACAUCCCACGAUCUUGUAGCCCAUUCCUACCCCCAGGCCCGGCAAACACCUGUAGUAGCCCGGUUUAUGUUCACGAUUACAAGCACCAAUCUACGCAUUUUUGUACGACGUUGCAUUCUUUCGUGGUCGCCGCUUCGUAUUCUUCGAGCGAAGACGGCCUUAUAGACACAUGUGUAGAUGCCAAUUCAAUUGAGACUCACGCUUAGAUAUAUUAUCUGUUUUCUUCCCCC